AUGAAGGGUGGCGGGGGAAGUGGCAACAAAACCACCAGUGGGUUAACUGGCUUCUUAGGAGCAGGAGGAGCGGGUUACUUGCAGGCUGACUUGGCCGGCAUUCUGCCAAAUGGCAUGAACCCCCUGUCUCCAUAUUUAAAUGUGGAUCCACGCUAUCUUGUUCAGGAUAUCAAUGAAUUCAUUUUGCCAACUGGAGCUAACAAAACUCGAGGCAGAUUUGAGAUAGCUUUCUCUACCAUUGGAGGAUGUUGCAUGACAGGGGCUGCAAUUGGGGCAAUGAGUGGUCUUCGGUUAGGAUUGAAGGAAACUCAGAGCAUGGCCUGGUCCAAACCAAGAUAUGUACAGAUUUUGAAUACGGUGACUAGGAAAGGGGCACUUUGGGCUAAUAUUCUAGGCUCCCUGGCUUUGCUCUAUAGUGCAUUUGGUGUUAUCAUUGAGAAAACACGGGGUUCAGAAGAUAACCUCAACCCAGUAGCAGCAGGAACCAUGACGGGAAUGUCGUAUAAAUGUACAGGUGAUCUUCUAGGAAUAGCAUGUGGUGGCCUGGCAGAAUUGACACUCAUCAGUCUCUAUGCACGGUAUAAUAACUGGGAGCACAUGAAUGGUUCGCUGCUCCAACAGUCACUCAGAAGAUUUUUGCCACUUCAGGACUGGGGGAUACUUCAUAGUCAUCCAGAUUGA